CUUUAAUCCUUUUAUUGCUUCCUCUGGGACGCGGUUCUUCGCACGGGUCCGAAGCGGCGCUCUGCCUCUAAUAGACCGGGCGAGUUCACCGACUGCGGUAGUUUCAGGCUCGGCACACGGCGGAUUAUUUGUCUCGUGUCGCUGCAUUUUAGAGCGGUGAUCGUACCUCGAGGUACCACAGCGACGAGCUCGGCGGUGUCCGGUUACGCGAAGUUGCUCGCGUCCUUUUGAGGUUUUGGCGUUUUGGAAAUCGCAUGCGCUUCGCCCUUCCUCUUCUUCCACCCACGCCACCAUGUCGUCGAAUUUGAAGCCUGUCAUCUUCCGAAUCGUUUCAUUCAGUCUGGCCGGAGGCGACAUCUUGCAGACGAUCCCGCAAACACUGGCGCUUUACCACAAGCAAUGGGUCAACCGGUCGCUCAGUAUUGCUUGUGUUGCAUACGCCACGGCGCGCUACAUGACGCUCAUUUCGCUCAUCACAAACGGGAUCGGCUUCUUCAGUACCGACUUCACUCUCCAGACAUGCAAGCCGUUCUACAUGGUGCCCAAUAUCACAGCUAUGAUUGCAGGGAUGGCCGUGCAGAUCUUGGUGUUUUUAAGAACAUACGCCAUCUCCGGACGGUCUCCGCUGAUCCUCUACGGCCUGGGCGGGCUUCUCUUACUUGGUUUCCCAGUGCAAAUGUUCGGAAUAGUCUAUCAUCGGGUGCCUGAAGUCACAGGGAUGUAAAGGCAAGGUGUUUAAUGAGACCGACUGGAAUAUCGUAUAUUACAGCGCGCACAUGGUUUACGAUGUAAUUGCAUGUGCAGUCGGAACUUACUACCUGAUCGCUUCUUCGCGGAUCAGUGGAAGCUUCAACAUGUCUGCCUUCAUCCGUCGCGUGCUAAGGAACGGUCUUCUAUACACCAUUGCCGUUUUCGUUGCCAACCUAUGGGUCGUUCUAGAACUGAGCGCGGUUCUGAGGACCGGUGUUGGUGCGACCCUGCCUCUGGCUGUCGUUCUCAUCGCCGCGCAGCACCUGAUCCUCAGCACCCAACGUGGAACACGAGACAUGACCAGCUCCCACGAGUACUCCGGCCCCAGCACCCGCCGCGGUGCCGCCUUGAAUGCUCGCGCUCGACGCAUGCCAGGCGAGCGCACGCUCGGCGAAGUCGAGAUGCAGGCGACCAAAAUAUACGUGGUCUCCGAGACAUACGACGACCGAGAGCCCGCUCCGGCCGAUCGCAAGCGCGGACUGCACGAGACGGACUCCUCUGCGUCCGACCGCAGCGAGCGGGCCGGCAUCAAAAUGGUGGCUCAGUAGAUCCACUGCACACACGCUCGUUUUGUUCUCAGCUAGAUAGAUUGGUUAUCGUUUUGCUCUAGUACUACCGGUGUGUACUAUUUGUGUUUUUAUUUACUGUAUGGACCCCUUGUAAUUGAUGAGAUGUCUUCGCAGAGGGUGCUGGACAAGCCUCCUGCGUCAAGUAGAACAUUCUGCAUAAGUUUUCGGUGCAUUGGAUGCGAAAGGGCCCCAAGUGACGACCAUGGGGACAGAAAAGGCAUGGACCAUCAAUGUAGAUGAAAUUGGAGAUCAUGAUAUCCUUGACGAUUUCAAAUGAAUCGGUCUGCGACGACUAGGACUCUGAGGGCUACCAAUGGCUAUCCAGUUCUAGACUCGAAUUCAGUCCCUAUGGUGACAGGUCAAGAUGAUGAUUGUGUGUUUCCCUUUUGGCUAGACAACUGGCUGAAUAUCUAUUGCCAGUGUAAUCGAUCGACAGAUGAUCGAUUGAUUUCUCAUCAAUGCAUCUUUUGUCUUCCCCAGCCCUUGUACUGUUCAGCAGGCAAGGAGAGUAUACACAGCGGCGGGAUUACUCUCGGAGAGACUGGGAUAAGCACAUUUCAGAUGGCGGAUCUUGGGGGGCCGAGUACAUCCGUCUUACCCUCUUACUCCACGGCGGACCAAAUCAAUGAGCAUGCCACCUCUGGGGCCGGAGACUUGGAAUCAUGGAUUGCUAUAGAACCCCUCGCACGAAGCUCUGAGCCUCUUUCAAUCCCAGUUACGGUGGACCUGGCAUCACCUCACAACGGCAUCGCUCCACCACCUACGUUUCGACAGUCCCAGUUCGACGUCGUUCUCCGCCGGCAAAGGAUGCGUCUUACCCCCACGGGUGCACCGAGACUCAAAACUACCACGUCGCGCUUUCUUAACCUUUCGAGCGACUUCGAAUUCGCUGGCUGGGGCUCGUUCUCGCGUGUCAAGCUGUCAGCGGACGACCAUGCACAGGGGGAAGAUCGCUUAGCGCGCACGAGGAGCGCGAAGGUUCUGGGCCGAUGGACGGGCACGGCGCUACCGGGCAAUGCAGUACUCGGGAGCGUGUUCUACGCGUUGCCCGCUGUGGUCGCGGUCUGUGGUGUCUAUGCACCGAUAUCCCUGUUCGCGGCAACACUCACGCCGUUCAUCUGGCGACCAAUCAUGGAGGAGCUGGGCUCUGCGCUGCCGAUCUGCGGCGCCCCAUAUGCCUACCUCUUGAACGUGACGCCCAAGUCCAUUGCUCUGUUGGGCGCGGCUCUGAUGCUUCUCGACUUCGCGUCAACAUCCGUCGUAUCCGCAAGUACGGCUGCUUCUUACGUUGCGGGUGAAGUCGCGCUGCCGUUUCCCGAUUUCGUCGGGGCAGCUGUCGUGUUGCUGGUGUUCGCAGUCGUCAGCUUCACCGGUCUGAAGGAGAGCGCGCGGAUCUCCUUCGUCGUGCUUGCUUUCCAUAUGUCCACGAUGGCGGUCUUGUCGGUCUGCGCAGUGGUGUGUUGGGGACGACAGGGAAACGAGCAACUGCGGACGAAUUGGGUGCACGGGCAGGCGAAAGAUGGCUGGACAGUGGCGAGACAGCUGUUCAAUGGGUUCUGUUUGGGCAUGCUGGGUCUCACAGGAAUCGAAUGCGCACCGUCCUACAUCGGACGGAUGCGGCCGGGCGCGUAUCCAGCUGUGCUGCGCAACCUCCAUCUCCCAGCGGUGGUCCUGAAUUCAGCUAUGAUUCUUCUCGUUUUCGCGGUCGUUCCAAUGAACACUGUGCUCAGUGGUGCAAACGUGCUCAUCUGCUGGGGUCUGGCUGCGGAAGUGGAUCGUCGUCGAUGCAAUAGUCGUGCUUUGCGGUGGAGUCCUCACAGGCGAGUUCUUUCCGAGCUCUCGUGCGCGUGCGCCAACCUGUUUGCAGGCAUUUUGAGUGCAUGUGAAUUGUUCGAACAGCUCUCGCACGACAGAAUCCUUCCUCGAAUCUUCCAGAACGCUCUCCCAUUCACCGGCGCACCAUACGUUUCGAUCGUAGUCUUCACGGCGGUGAAUGCGGCCUUGUAUGCCUCAUCGGGCGCCAGCCUUGCCAUUGUCUCCAAGAUGUUCUCCCUUGUCUGGCUCACCGUGAUGGGGCUGUUCCCUCUAGCCUUGUUGCUCCUGAGAUUUAGCCGUGGAAGAUUGGAGUGUGAACGUAGUGCCAAGCUUUGGAUGAUCAUGCUCGCCUUCGCUGUGACGCUUGUCGUUUUCGCAGGCAACAUCGCGAUUGAUCCUUCGAUAGCCGGCUACUUUGCGGCCUAUCUGGUUGGCGUGCUGCUUGCAUUUGGAGGCGCGCAGAACCACGUAUCGAUCCUUCGGGCAUUGUAUUGGCUGUACGACCAGUAUCCAUGGUUGCACAUGUGGCCGAGGACCCAGGCCUGGGGGCCCUCCGUGGUGCGAUGGAUCCAAGCACUGAAGAAACAGCCCGUCUGCGUGUUGGUCAAAACGGACGAGAUCAAUCGGCUGCUGCAUCUGUUGCUGUACGUGAGGGAAAACGAGCAGACUUCGUGCGUGAAGCUCGUGCAUUUCUGUGACGAAGAGACCGGGGUUCCUUCGGAGCUGGAAGCUAAUGCGAAGAUUCUCGACGAAGCGUUCCCGGAAAUCACCAUUGAUCUUAUUCUUGUUUCUGGCGCUUUCUCUCCAUCGAACGUCGGCGCUCUAGCCCAUCGCCUGCAGAUUCCGACUGCGCUCAUGUUCAUCAGCUGCCCCGGGCCCAAGUUUCCGUAUUCUGUAGCUGAUUUUGGCACGCGUAUCAUUUCUCUGUAGUGAUUCCAUUCAGCGAGAUCAGAAAAGUGUUCGAACAGAGCAAUCCACCUUUUAUCGAGUGCAUAUCACGAGGUUGCUGAACUGAGCCGUCCUCAGCGUUUCUCAGCGCAUACACAACAUGUCGACCUCUCGGCAUCGAGUUUUCACGAAGCCACUGAGCCCAAUUCGAUUGCGGUAGCCCAAUCCCUGAUUGUUCAUGAUGCUCUCGUGGUGAAGUCGCACCGACUGGCGGUCAGGAACGCAGGCCGCAAACUUGCGGUGAGGAGCAGGUUGAGACUCAGAGCAUCGCACCAAUGCCCUCUCGGUUAGGAAGCAGACGCUUUAAUUCUGAUUUGUCGACGGGCAAGGACGGCGAGUGACACUGCAGCCCUUCGAGCGAUGCAGGACAGGAAGAGAUGUGACAACACUGUCAUCUUC